AUGGACCGAUCCGAACCAUCGCUCACUUAUCGUAUAUCUGCAUCGUAUUCCGCCAAGAAUGCCCAAUUGGACCUCAACCGGAAUAACUUCAAUCACGAUGAAAAUAUAAAUACAAAACCUACGUUGGAAGAUGCAAACGGGCGUUUGACGAAGCAAAAUCGGCCUCGAAGCGGUCAAGACUCCUUCUUUGUAUCAGAAGUUGGCAGUACAGGCUCAACGGCAUUUGGUGUAGUGGACGGGGUUGGGGGAUGGGUAACUUCAGGAGUAGACCCUGCAGACUUUGCCCAUUCACUUUGUGAUUAUAUGGCUAUAUCUGCCACUGGCUAUGUGGAAGGGCAGUCGAAGAAAUCGAUCAGGCCUAGAGAUCUGAUGCAAUCGGGAUACGACAAGGUCAUGAAUGAUAAUACGAUCAAUGCCGGUGGGAGUACGGCCUGCAUUGGUGUGGCUCAUCCCAAUGGGGCCCUAGAAGUUGCCAAUCUGGGAGAUUCUGGCUUCGUGCAUAUUGGUCGGGGCAAGAUAAGCUUUACAUCAGAUGCCCAAACCCACGCUUUCAACACGCCAUUCCAACUUUCGAAGAUACCUCGAAGAAUGAGGGCUCAAAUGGCCAUGUUCGGGACUGAAAGCGCUUUUGCAGAUAACCCGAAAGAUUCGAAAGUUACUAUGCACGAUCUCAGCCAUGGGGACAUUCUAGUUCUCGCGACAGACGGUGUAUGGGACAAUCUGAGUCCUCAAGAUACGCUCGAGAUCGUUAGUAGGUACAUGAUAGACAACGGUGCUUGGACAGACUCUGGAGCUGGCAUCACGGUCAGUAAGAAAUUGGGCGUGGCGACUGAGCAGGCCAGUGGCAGGCAGACGCUUCAGUCUCUCAUAGCUCGUGCGGUCACAAAAGAGGCCAAACGAGCGGGUCUGAACGCUAGACGAGACGGUCCUUUCGCAAGGGAGGUACGACGUUAUUAUCCUGCCGAGAAAUGGCAUGGCGGGAAGCCUGACGAUAUAUGUGUCGUCGUUGUCAUCGCCGUGAAUCCGCUUGAGUCAUCGACUGCCAAGCUUUGA